GCCACCCGGCUGACGUCAUACCCCGGUGGGGGCGCUAGUGCGCAUGCGCAAAGAACUGGCGCAGGCGCAUGGGCGGCACGCUCCAUAGCGCCCGGCUCACUCCCUCCCCUGGCCUGAUGGGAAGGGGUUAAAAUGGCGGCCGCCGGCGCUGUAGCUACUCGGCUGCUCCUGCUCUUGCUCAUGGCGGCAGCAGCUCCCAGCCGGGCCCGGGGCAGUGGCUGCCGGUCCGGGGCCGCUCUGCGGGGGGCGGGAGCAGAAGGUCGAGAGGGUGAAGGCUGUGGCACCGUGGGGCUGCUGCUGGAGCACUCAUUCGAGAUCGAUGACAGUGCCUACUUUCGGAAGCGGGGCUCACUGCUCUGGAACCAGCAGGAUGGCAGUUUGUCCCUGUCGCAGCGACAGCUCAAUGAAGAGGAGCGGGGCCGGCUCCGGGAUGUGGCAGCCCUGAAUGGCUUGUACCGUGUCCGGGUCCCUCAGCGCCCUGGGGCCCCUGAUGGCCCAGAAGCUGGCGGUUAUGUCUCCUCUUUUGUCCCUGCGUGCUCCCUGGUGGAGUCGCACCUCUCGGACCAGCUGACUCUGCACGUGGACGUGGCUGGCAACGUGGUGGGCGUGUCAGUGGUGACGCAUCCUGGGGGCUGCAGGGGACACGAAGUGGAAGACGUGGACCUGGAACUAUUCAACACCUCUGUGCAGCUGCAGCCGCCGGCCACCGCCCCGGGUCCUGAGACCGCAGCCUUCAUUGAGCGCCUGGAGAUGGAGCAGGCCCAGAAGGCCAAGAACCCCCAGGAACAGAAGUCCUUUUUCGCCAAAUAUUGGAUGUACAUCAUUCCUGUCGUCCUGUUCCUCAUGAUGUCAGGAGCUCCAGACGCCGGGGGCCAGGGAGGGGGUGGCGGCGGGGGUGGUGGUGGGGGCAGUGGCCGCUGAGGGGCCAGGGCAUCAGUGCCUGGUCCUCUUUCGUCCAGGCAACUCCCUUCCUGCCAGAAUGCUCCUGUCCUUGAUCAUCCCAAGAAGGAUUUGCUAGCUCCUCCCAGCUCCAUCCCAUGAGGGUAGAAGGACUCCUCCCCAGGAGUCCUUUCCCUCUGGGCGGACGGGUGGCCAGAUUCUGGUGCACCCUGCCUUCCCCUCUGGUCCCUCCGUGGCCCCAAAGACUUCCUCUUGCCCACAGCAUGGAGCUCGAGCUCCUGGUCCAGCUCUGACCUUGUAUUUGUCCCCCUUUCCCCUGAGCCUCGUAGUUUGGGAACAUGCCGAGUUCUCUCCAGCCUCUGUGCCUUUGUUCGUGGUCUUCUUGCCCUGCCUGUCCCUGGCUAGGCUAGAGGGUCCCUCUACCUUGUCUGACACUGGAUUGGGCCACGCACUUCCCACCUGUCUGCCCUUGAGGGGCCUGGCACAGAGCAGGUGUGGGCUGGCCAUGGGCGCCCCCUGGGCCCCAUUCCUCCCAGCAGCGCUGCCUUGGGACACCUCUCCGGCCUUUAUCUGCCCGUGGCUCUGAGCAGGAGUUUAGGUGUCCUGCCCCAUCAGGAUGCCAGGCCUCCCAUAGGCUUUGGGGCAUGAAGAAAUGAUUUUUAAAGUAAAGACAAAACAAACUAAUAUUUAGUAGAGUCGAGGGCCGGAUGAUGUAAAUAGAAUCCCUUCCCCUGCCUGGAAUGUCUUCCCUGGGACAGGCCACCAGGAGAGGACUGCUGGCCUUUCCUAUUUAUCACCACCCCCCCUUUGUCUAUUUAAAAAUAUCGACGAUAUAUUGAGAUACAUUAGGGUUUUGAAAAGGUGCGACUUCCAGCAACCAAAGGCACCCGUUGAUUUGGUUCCAGGGAAGUCCUGGUGUACAGGCUUGAUUGAGUUCCGCCGCUCCGCUCUGUGUAUUAUUCAGAAGCACACACAAAUGGCCGGCACGGUCCCUGAAAUGCCGUGUAACGCUCCGCAGUGUUGUAUGGCAGUUUAUUAAACCGUUCCCCAAAUGUUCAACAUUUAGCUUCCUGCUGGAUGUGGUUAUAAAUAGCACGACAGCGAGCGCUCUCCAGUCUCUCUUUGGUGAGUUUGAAUUAUUUCCUGGGGAUGCAUGACCAAAAGUGGAAUUACGAUGGCAGAUUGGAAGCACUUUUAUGAAAAAGUGGUGCAUUUGUGUGGCUCUGCUGUCAAAACAGCGUAAGAGGUGUGUGGUGGACAGUUGUUUCCCCCGCUUGCUCUCAUGUGCUUCAUUUCCCUCCUCGUGUCUGUGCCGGCGCGGGCAGGUAGGGACACACGCUGUCCUCCUUUCUUUUUGUAAUGCACAAGUAGCGAAUCCCCUACACAGCCUUGCCCUUGCUUCUUUGCUCCUGCCCCGUAUAUUCUGGAGACUUCUAGUGGGGGACUGGCCUCGUCUUUUGUGCCCCACCAGAGACAUGCGCCCGGAGCUCAUUCAACCUGGCCUCCACCUACGGAUGUCACCCCUUUUCACAGAUGCAGCUGUAACCAAGAUGAAACCCCAGCGGUGGCCAAAGGAAGGUGGCGUUUGUAAACGUGACCCAUGUUGCUAAGUUGCUCUCCAUGGAGCAAACGCCAGUCCCCUUUCCCCCACGACGUCGCCAGCAGAUGGCUCAAACCUCUCCGUGUUGUGAGGCUCUGCAUCUGUCUCGAGGGAAGUGGAGCCCGGUAGCACCAAUUGGGAUUUUCUGGGAACCAUUCUUGUCCUUUGCUCAAGGGCAGCACUUAACGAUUUUGAAUUCCUCUUGUGAUUUGUCUGACUCCUCAAGCCACCUUGUCUGUUUUCUGGUCCCUCUGGAUUCCUGUCCUGCUGUGGCCCUUCCUUUGGCCCUUCUCUUCCCUCAGACCUCGCUCCUAGGGGCCAGCCACUCCCCGCUGUGCUGCAACAAGUGGCCUGAGAGUCCCAAACAGUCCCACCGAUUUGCAGUUCCGCAGUAUUUUCUUCGACUGUGUUGUUGUGUUACACACAACAUUGGGAGUUAUCGUUCGACCCGUUUCUUUGUGGCUUUAAUACAUAAAACAGUGUUCCAGGGGUGCUUUCCCGUCUGUGCUCCACGUGAAUUGCCCCCAUGGUGUUUCCUCGUGCUUUCUUGGACAAGGUUCAGACUUG